AUGGAUUACUUUGAAGGCGCAUCGCAACCAGGCCGGCACGCGCAUCUCUUCCAACCACCACGAUCGCCCGCACCGAGAACACAUACUCCAGCAUUAACAUCAGCACCCGACUACUUCUCCUCCACCACGAGUUCGCGAAAGCGUGCACGACCCGACUCAUCACAUGACAGCAGACCCAGCUGGAAUCAAACACCUAGCUGGGUACAGUGUCCGACGUCGGGCGAUGCGAGCUAUAGUAGCGCAACAGCAGGUACGUAUGAGCGAAAUGACCGGCUUGUGAACGAGCGGUACACUUUGGCUGGAGGACUCGAUACCCCAGGACUGCAGGCAGAGAUGAUGGGGACGGACUGGAGAGCUGAUGGAGAUGUACUGAGGAGGAGAGGUCAGGUGACAAGAUCGGUGUCAGGCUAUAGUGCGAGAGCAGAGCUCAGAGGGCCACUAGCAAGGGAAAGAAAUGGUGCGGCACGGAUGCCUUCUUCGCCGAACGGCCAAGUAGGAGGCUCGUGGACCGGCCUGGCAUUCAACCUAGUUGGCAGCAUCUUCUCCUUCGGCACAAACGUAGUCAAAGGCUUCUACGCAGGCGGUGGUCGUGGAUACGAUCUGAAGCGUAGUCCGCUCCACAUGAACUUCCGCAACCUCGCCUCACCACCCGAGCCUUGCUCUACACCACUUCCAGGCUCAUGGCGCGAGGACGAGUUCCUGGGCGACUUCGAGCAGGAUAACCCGAGUAGUGCUACUCGACCACCGAAUAAGCGACGACAGACGGAUAAGGAUAGCUGGGUUAUGGUCGGCACGCCGGAUCUGGAGACCAGUCCGAAGAGGGGAGAACCUCUUGCUCGACCGACGGCGUCACGAGCUUCUAGUCGACGGAGUCUCGCUCCACUACCGCGGCGACAAUCAUCCUCUCAAUCCACCUUCUCAACAGGAAGUCCUCUCGCGCCGCCACCACUACCCAUCGACCACCGCCGCGCAUCCUUCGCACCUAUCCGCUCGAACUCUCGACCCAAUUCACGUCCAAGCAGCUCAGGUGCCGGUAUCACAGGCGUCAACACAGCAUACAUCUCCCCCGAAACAGAGAAGUAUCUCAAGCGGCGCGAGAAGCAUGAUCGGAAGGCCGACGCUGCUAUGACGGACAUGAGUCGGAAGCUAGCUGAUUUGAUUCGUGCGGGUCAGGAGGCGCUGGGGACGAAGAUUAGUGUGGAGGGGGAUGUGGAGGGGGAGCAGACUGAUGAGGGAUUUGUUGAUGAGGAGUGGUAG